AAGUACCGGGACUCGGGACGAGUGAACGUGGGCACAGCCACAGCACAGGCCGCUGGACGAGAUUUGAACUUUCAAUUUGCAAUUUUGGAAUUGAGUCUAAGAUUGAAGAUGGUGUUAUCAAAGAGAUUCCUGUUUGUUACUUUGGUUUGUGGAUUUGGCUUGGUCCUUUCCUGCCAACCUCCAGAUUGCGACAGACCAGACUGUGGAACAUGUGGAAAUGCAUGCUGUACACUGGAGCUUGUUUUCACUGCACCGAGUGAAAAGGUGUUUGAUGCAUAUGUUGAUGGACUGAAAAGAGGUGGUGAUGAUGGCCGCUACACUUUCAUUGGUUCAGAUGACCUCAGGAAGUACAAGGUCAAGGCUGAUUUCAUUCUACAGGGGUGGCAUCGCACCAGAGAGCAUCAUUACAACGAUACUUUAAACUUUGCCUUUUCUACGAUGGACUCGUUCUGCCUUGUGAAAGCCUUCUCCAUCUCUCAGAUAGCAGGGGCUUUCUGUGAUGCUGGGCAGAAUUAUAAGAACCUGAUCGGACUGACCAAGAACCUUGGUAUGGACUUCACUCAGCAUACAGUCAGCGGAUGUCCAUCACCAAAUCCACUCUUCAAGUAAACCAGGGAAAUCUUCUUCAGAUUAGAGGCAUAAUCCAAUAACAAAUACAUCUUUGACUGAAUAGCUGGAUGAAUAUUUUCAAUACUCUUCAUUCAAUUUUGAGCAGUUCACAUCAUGACAAUGUCGUUUAGCAGGUAUGUGUUUAACAAAAUACCUGAAUAGCACAGUUCUUUUUUUCUCCCAU